AGAUUUCUUCAUAUUUUGACAUAAAAAAACAACUGUAAGAAAUUAAAAAAACAAAUCAGCUUCUGUCAUUUCAUGAGGUACUGUAAUUGUACUUGACGCAAGAUAAACGAUAUAUCUCUUUAAUCUUCCCUUCCGCACGCGUUUGAAAUUCGCGCGCCGGCCGGCGGCCAACAAUGGCGGCCGCAUCGGCGGCGGUCGAUAGAGUCUAGGGACUCUACCACGCCCAAUCGCGGCCAUCCGCAGGCGGCAACGGCGGCAGGAGUGCAGGACGUGCGCUACGCGCCGUCUCGAUUUCACGUCUCACUCCCGUGAGUUCGCGCGCGCCCGGCGAGAGUAGACAGUAGACACGCUGUGUCCUUCUCACGUCACUCCGCAUCGCUACGCAAAGGAGCGCAGCACGCAGCAGUCGCAGCAGUCGCAGCACACCGCGCCGGCUCCCGCUUCCCCACCACUUAUAACCUCUCAUCCGUCCCGUCGCGCUCGCGGGUGUCUCACGCCUCGCGGCCUCGCGGCACGCCACUCGCCAGUCAGUCGGUUUUUGUCCAUCGCGUGCUGCGGCUUGUAGCGACUUGACGCCGCGAGAGCAGCAACUGAGCGGGAUUUUACACAAUCAAACACACACGGUGACGGAACCGUUCGUCAAGUUUGAACAUUUAUAUAUUUUAUUCAGUAUCUUUCGUGCCACGACGACGCCCGACGCCCGCGUCGUCGUGUGGGGCGCGCGUUUUCGAUCGGAAGGAAGGAAAGGAGAAAGACAGCCACGUUUCUCAUUCUAUCUCUUUCUGUCAAGGGCAGGGGGAGAGGAAGAAACGCACCUCGUGGGCCCGUGCGACAGAUCGUGGUCGCGACUGCCAGUUGAGUGCGAGUGCCGCGAGACCGCGCGGUCGGCCAUUGUGCUUUCUUCUUGUCGCCGAUACUUGUCGCGCGUUGUCUGUCAGCUUAAACUAAAGUGUUCAGUGUCGACUUAUACCGGACGAGUCUGCGAGAGAGACCGAGAGACGUGUACGUGCGCCGUAGCUCGCUGCCGGCUUCUACUUCCGGAGCUGCACUGCCGUCGCUGUGUCGCCGUCAUUAACGUCAUCAUCAUUGUGUUACCGUCAUCGUCAUUGGCGCCUUCAGCCUGCGGCCAGCCAGUACCAGAAUUUCAGUGACAAGUGGGAUCCUCAGAAGCUGAACAAAUUCUUCUAGACAAGACCCUUUUAUUUCGCUGCACAGUUAAACAUACAUGACUGAGCAAUGACGUUCUUCAUCGAUUCGAUGACAUGCAACAAACGUUUGUUGACACAGAAGCGAGGAUGCGCGUGUACAGGAGCGAGACGGUGCGCGCGAGUAACUCGCCGAUGAACGCGCGAAGAAAUGAAAUGUGCGAAGAGGAGAGCCAUUAGGAAUCCGCCAUUCUCGGCGAAUGUCAUUCACCCUGCGUGUACAUCGUAAGAAGAAAAAGAAGAGGAAGGAGCAUCAUCGUCACGAGGAAGAAGAUCGAACGAAGUGAGUGAAUUUGCCCGCACCCGAGAUUUCAGCACUUAUAGUUCGUCAUCGCUCGAAUCUUCUCAUUUCGUCGGAAAUCAGCUAUCCGUAAACGUGUUUCAUCGGCUGAUCCCUCACCCCGUCCAAUUCGCCGGCGUCAGAAGAGUGAAAGGCAGUACUUCGCUCCACGCGGCGCAUCUCUUGACUCUUGAGACGCAGCAGAUUGAAUCCCAGCAGAUUCGCGCGUUAUUUUCGCGAGGUCACGCUGAGGCACGCUCCGGAGACUUUCUUCGUCCAUUAACGCCUCGAUACAGUGCGCUUUGUAUACACGUAUUCUUCAAAAGCGUCUUGAUAUAGUCUUGUCGCCUAAUGUCUACGCGAAUUUAAUGUACGCGAAUUUAAAUGCAAGUUUAGGUCACGUCGUUAUACUCUCACUUUUUGGUCAAGUAAUCCCUCGACCGACCGUUCUUUCUUAUUCGCUAUAAUACAAUUCUAAUGAUAGAGAUGAGAAAUUCUAUCUGAAUGACCGUAGUGAAAGAGCACGCUUGUCGAUGCUCGCAAGACGCCUUCGCCGUCUUUGUCGAGGAAAGGAUUGAUGGAAUGUUCGAUUGAGGAAGAGUCGAUGAAUGUCCGUGAGGAUCGACGAUUGCUAGCCGAUCGUUAAACGCCGCGGCUCAACAGCGAAGAACUAUGCGGUCUAUGCGGACGAGCUUGAAUGUCGAGAGAUCAAAUUCCAUCAAAUUCAGAGAUUCUGUAGAUCCACUGAGUGAUCUAUGAACGGCGAUAAAGCUUCUUCUGUAACAUGCGCACAUUAUUUGACUUUGCCUAUUAAGAUAGAAGAGGUCCCAGACUGAUAAAAUUAUCCAGCAAUUAGUAAAACCGGAAUCUUUACCGUUUACUUGGCGAUGCGUUCUAGUUUUCCUCGAUCGAGGCUCAACAAUUUCUCUGUGCACCGGGAUUACUUAUCCUAAUUAGCCUAAUUCCAAGCGAGAACAAUUUCGGAAUCACUCGCUUCUCGCACUCGCGCAAAUUAAUCUAAAAGCAAGUGCUGUUUUUCCUUCAAGGAGUUACUGAUCGUAAGAACGCGUCUUCAUUCGAGGCUCACUUCUCUUCCGGGAGUCGAAUCGAUUUCAAAUAAGUCCAGCCCAUCGAUUGAUCGAACAGAGAAUCAUCUGACGUAGCAUUGAGAUUCGUAAGUCACGGUGCUUCCGUAUUGAGGUACAUCGAGAAGAUACGCGGAUCUCCGUUUGAUCCUCUCUAAAAGGGGACCGAUUAUAGACUCCAGUAGUGUCCGCGGGGACGCAGAUGGGAGCUUGUCUGAUAGAAGUCCCAUCAACUCCGUACGACAACAAUCUAACGUGUUCCCAGCGAUCGACUUCACGGCUGCCGUCGCGUUCUCCACCGACGUCGCUCACCGACGUCACCAUCGACCAUAAGGCCUCUUCUUCUCCCACCCGAUUCGGCCACAAAAAUUUGAUCAAGCUGGAAUUGAUGGAGUUGGAGAACAUCGUUGCGAACACCGUGUACCUGAAAGCGAGAGAAGGUGGUGGUGACAGCAAUAAAGGAAAGAGUAAGAAAUGGCGGAAGAUACUUCAGUUCCCACACAUUUCUCAGUGCAUCGGCCUAAAAGAUAAACUGGACAUCAGGUACAGUUAUGUGGUGGACCAGCAGCCGAUUGGGCGGCUGCUCAAUCUCUUUCUGGACGCGAUCGAGAAGUACGAGAUUGAGCUGGACGAGAAUCGCAUCGAUCUGGCAAAAGAGCUGUUCGAGCAGUACUUGAAGCGGGAGGGUUCGGAGGUGGUCGACAUUCUGAACGAUUCCUUGAUCUCUCAGUGCGAGGAACGACUCAGCACCGGCGGCAAGGAGCUUUUCACCGAGGUCGCGCAGACCGUGAAAAAUUUCCUGGCUGGCGAGCCGUUCUCAGCCUUCCUCAGCAGUUUCUACUUCUACAGGUAUCUCCAGUGGAAAUGGCUGGAGGCGCAACCAGUGACAUACAAGACCUUCCGGAUGUAUCGGGUAUUGGGCAAGGGUGGCUUCGGUGAGGUCUGCGCUUGCCAGGUACGCGCCACCGGUAAGAUGUACGCGUGCAAGAAAUUGGAGAAGAAGCGCAUCAAGAAGAGGAAAGGCGAAUCGAUGGUACUAAUCGAGAAAAACAUUCUGCAGAAGAUCAAUUCCAAGUUUGUUGUCUCGCUCGCGUAUGCGUAUGAGACGAAGGACGCUCUCUGCCUCGUGCUGACUAUCAUGAAUGGCGGCGAUCUCAAGUUCCAUAUUUACAAUAUGGGCGGUGAGCCAGGUUUUGACAUAAAUCGCGCCCGAUUCUAUGCGGCCGAGGUCGUGUGCGGUCUGGAACAUCUUCAUCUUCAAGGUAUCGUCUAUAGGGACUGCAAGCCGGAGAACAUACUGUUGGACGAUCAUGGUCAUGUGAGAAUAUCCGAUCUCGGUCUCGCGGUGGAAAUUACGGAGGGCGACAUGGUGCGCGGUAGGGUCGGCACAGUGGGUUACAUGGCGCCUGAGGUGAUCGACAAUGAGAAGUACACCUUCUCGCCAGAUUGGUUCAGCUUUGGCUGCCUAUUGUACGAGAUGAUCGAGGGCCAAGCACCGUUCCGCGCUCGCAAGGAGAAGACCAAACGCGAAGAAAUCGACAGACGCGUCAAGGAGGAUCAAGAGAGGUAUUCGCCCAAGUUCAGCGAGGAUGCCAAAAGUCUGUGCCAACAGCUGUUAAAGAAGAGUCCGAAAAACAGGCUGGGUUGCAAGUGCGGUCGACACGGGGCGAAAGAGGUGAAACUCCAUAGCUUCUUCCAGUGCCUGAAUUGGAAGAGGGUCGAGGCUGGUAUGUGGGAACCGCCGUUUGUGCCGGAUCCUCGUGCGGUUUACGCUAAAGAUGUUUUGGACAUCGAGCAGUUCUCCACGGUGAAAGGUGUUAAUUUGGAUGCCACGGAUGAUACCUUCUACAGCAAGUUCAACACCGGCAGCGUGUCCAUUCCAUGGCAAAAUGAGAUGAUAGAGACUGAGUGUUUUAAGGAACUGAAUGUAUUAGGUCCUAACAACACGCCCACCCCAGACUUAUUGAUAAACCAUACACCACCCAACAAUGACGACAGAGGCUGCUUUCCUUUUCGGAGAAAGAGGAAACAGAGCGAUCGCACAAGGGAGAUCCCGUUGUCGGAGUGCCACUUGCUGGAAUUGUCUCAGACGCAGAGCUCGGAAAUGCCAGCCAGCUGAUCUAUGGUGAACAAGAAUAACAGUCUGAAUCGAUUAAUGUCGUCAUCAUUUCGACGUUGUCGCCAUCCUGACGUUACUGACGGCGCGCGUUCGAGUGCCACUGGUGGCUACUGCGUUAAGAGCAAGCCGAUCUCAUUCUCUCUUUCGGUAGCACCCGAAGCCACGGCAACUAUCCCUGAAAAUGGCUGCAUAGUUCGCAUAAUAAGAAGUCGCAACGACUGCGGGUCCGAAGCAUCCUCUCAGGUUUAUUGGGGUGAGAUUAAAGAUCUACUCCAGGAUAAAACAUGUAUCCGCGCAAUUUUACGCGCGCGCUUACAGCUACGCAUAUGUGGCAAACAAACGCGACACACGGAAGCCAGACGCAUUGUAUGUUUCUGUCAAAUUCGAAUGACACGUUCGUUACCAAAUAUAUUUUCCUCGAGCUCGAACGCGGGAAUGCUCGACGUGCACUUUUGCACGUCCAUCAACGUAUAUCGACGUGUUUUAUCGAGCUUCGAUGUGUCCAGAUUCACGAGUCGCGGGCGAGAGAAAAUUUAGGGCGAUAUGUAGAUAAUGAUUGUGUCACUCACAGCGCGAUUACGUGGCAUACGUAAUAUUCUGAACGCGGAAAUUCGAUUUUCGGAAUGUAUAGUCAGUGGUAACAGUAAUUUCAUUUCUCAUUAACUAUGAAAUGGCGUACAAAAUCUUUAAUUUUAAGUUUCGGUCUUAUUUUAACUUGAAAUGAACGAGUACGUGUAGAUGUACGAAUGGAUGUGCAAUUAUUUACAAUUAUUUCUUCGACGUACUUAUGAAUCUUUUUUAAAUUGAUGAAUACAAAAAUUUAAUUUGUAUUAAUUUUCAGAGAGCAUUUUCUCUUAGGAUAGAUGUUUAUUCCGUAUCAUUUUAUUUUUAAUGAUUGAGGAUGUUGCUAUCCCAUCGAAAGUAUCGGAGAGAAUCACUUUGGCGCACGAUUAAACAUGAGAAAUCGUGAGUAUGCUGCAAUUUUAUUUAUUAUUAUCCCAAAUUGCUCCCAGUGCAUUUUUAAAUACUUCCCAAAAAUUUCGAGACAAUCGAUUUCCUUUAUCUAUCUUUUGAUUGUCAACGAUUCUGAUGUACUGUUUCGUUAAGGUCGUAUAUGUCUGAGGCGAAUAAGCUACAUGGAGAGAAUUUUGGUCGUAACCGCGUUCGCACUUCGAUGAUUUAUUAACGUGCUCGAUAGAGUCUAGAAUGGAACUCGUGGGGGCCAAAAUAAAGUAGAAACAGCUUGUAGGCGAGCGAUAACGAGUACACACGUGGAACGGACGGGUCGUAAAAGAGCACGUGAAGAGCACGGCGCUUGUCCUCCCGCCCGCACGUCUGUUUCCUCGCUCGCUCGUUCUCGCGUAUCGCAACAUUAAGCUACCGGUAAACGGACACCCGACACUACCGCGAGACAAAUAAACACUCGCGUGCACUCGCGCGUUUAUAAACGUUAACCCGAUAUAUCUGGAGAUUGUAAUUACGGAGACAUGUGCAACACAUGAUACAGCGAGUUGACGGCGCCGAGAAGACGCUACAUCUAAGAGCGCGACGAGCGAAUUAGUAGCGAAGUAUAUUGAUCUAGCGUUGCUAAAUGGAGACAUUAGAUAAGUCUUAUAAAAUGACGAAUGAUAAACUCACGAUAAAAUGUUUAAUAACGCUGUCACCAUAUAGCAACAAAUAUUAUUAACGGUAAAAAGUAAUUUUUAUCUCAGAUGCCCUUAAUAUACUGUAUAAAUUCAAUCGAGUUCAAUCGCGAACGUGGAUUAGUGGACCGUUACAGCAUCUUAAAGCUGGGCAAACAUCUAGAAAACAUCCAGAAAAUAAAGAAUAAAGAGUAAUAUACGAGAAUCGCAUCUGUCGACAAAUUGCAGUUUCCGGAAACCACAUUCGAGCGUUAUAUAUUUUUGAAAUAUUGUAAUAGUUUCGUGUCAAAGUUGUGAUACAUUAAUUC